CUCUCUACCUCCUUUCUUCCCAUCCUCACCAAAAGCAAGCAAUUGAAAUUAAACAUACUCUCUCUUCGUUGCAACUCAAACGCCAUUCGCGCUCUCCAAAGCGAAAGCUCUCUCUUUCUACUACUACCACUACUGCUACUACUACUGCAACUUCGUCUUCUUCGUUGCGAUAAGCUUUUCUGAGUUCUGAGAUCCAUGGCGAGCAAGGGUAAGGGCGAGGGACCGGCGAUCGGGAUCGACCUCGGCACCACCUACUCGUGCGUGGGGGUGUGGCAGCACGAUCGCGUGGAGAUCAUCGCCAACGACCAGGGGAAUCGCACCACCCCGUCCUAUGUCGCCUUCACCGACACCGAGCGCCUCAUCGGCGACGCCGCGAAGAACCAGGUCGCCAUGAACCCCACCAACACCGUCUUCGAUGCGAAGCGGCUGAUCGGGCGGAGGUUCAGCGACCCGUCGGUGCAGAGCGACAUGAAGCUGUGGCCGUUCAAGGUGGUGGCGGGGCCGGGCGACAAGCCGAUGAUCGUGGUGCGGUACAAGGGCGAGGAGAAGCAGUUCUCGCCGGAGGAGAUCUCGUCGAUGGUGCUGACGAAGAUGAAGGAGAUCGCGGAGGCGUUCCUGGGCACGACGGUGAAGAACGCGGUGAUCACGGUGCCGGCCUACUUCAACGACUCGCAGCGGCAGGCGACGAAGGACGCGGGCGUGAUCGCGGGGCUGAACGUGAUGCGCAUCAUCAACGAGCCGACGGCGGCGGCCAUCGCGUACGGGCUGGACAAGAAGGCGAGCAAGGCCGGGGAGAAGAACGUGCUGAUCUUCGACCUGGGCGGCGGCACCUUCGACGUGUCCAUCCUGACGAUCGAGGAGGGCAUCUUCGAGGUGAAGGCGACCGCGGGGGACACCCACCUGGGCGGCGAGGACUUCGACAACCGCAUGGUGAACCACUUCGUCCAGGAGUUCAAGCGCAAGCACAAGAAGGACAUCAGCGGCAACCCCAGGGCGCUGCGGCGCCUGCGCACCGCGUGCGAGCGGGCCAAGCGCACGCUCUCGUCCACCACGCAGACCACCAUCGAGAUCGACUCGCUCUACGAGGGGAUCGACUUCUACGCCACCAUCACCCGCGCCCGCUUCGAGGAGCUGAACAUGGACCUCUUCCGCCGCUGCAUGGAGCCCGUCGAGAAGUGCCUGCGCGACGCCAAGAUGGACAAGAGCGACAUCCACGACGUCGUCCUCGUCGGCGGCUCCACCCGCAUCCCCAAGGUGCAGCAGCUCCUGCAGGACUUGUUCAACGGCAAGGAGCUCUGCAAGAGCAUCAACCCCGACGAGGCCGUCGCCUACGGGGCCGCCGUCCAGGCCGCCAUCCUCAGCGGCGAGGGCAACGAGAAGGUGCAGGACCUGCUCCUCCUCGACGUCACGCCGCUCUCCCUCGGCCUCGAGACCGCCGGCGGCGUCAUGACCGUCCUCAUCCCCAGGAACACCACCAUCCCCACCAAGAAGGAGCAGAUCUUCUCCACCUACUCCGACAACCAGCCCGGCGUCCUCAUCCAGGUCUACGAGGGCGAGAGGGCCAGGACCAAGGACAACAACCUCCUCGGCAAGUUCGAGCUCACCGGCAUCCCCCCGGCCCCCAGGGGCGUGCCGCAGAUCAACGUCUGCUUCGACAUCGACGCCAACGGCAUCCUCAACGUCACCGCGGAGGACAAGACCACGGGCCACAAGAACAAGAUCACCAUCACCAACGACAAGGGGCGGCUCAGCAAAGAGGAGAUCGAGAGGAUGGUCCAGGAGGCGGAGAAGUACAAGGAGGACGACGAGCAGCACAAGAAGAAGGUCGACGCCAAGAACGCGCUGGAGAACUACGCCUACAACAUGAGGAACACCAUCAGGGACGAGAAGAUCGCCGGGAAGCUCAACCCGGCCGACAAGAAGAAGAUCGAGGACGCCAUCGACGAGGCUAUGAAAUGGCUCGACGGGAAUCAGCUGGCCGAGGCCGACGAGUUUGAGGACAAGAUGAAGGAGCUCGAGAACCUGUGCAAUCCGAUCAUCGCGAAGAUGUAUCAGGGAGGCGCGCCUACCGGAAUGGACGAAGAUGUGCCGAGCGGCGGGGCUGCUGCCGGUGCGGGGCCUAAAAUCGAGGAAGUUGACUAAGGGGGGGGCGCUGCGGGAAGUGAGUGAAAGUUUGGGGUCCUCCUUUCUCUUCAAGCAAAUUAAUUAAUUAAUGUUGCUGCUUCUGAUUGUGUUGUUGGUGGUAUAGUUUCUGUGGGAUGUUUUAUGAGGGGUGUGAUUUAGCGUCUAGUUUGCUCUAAGUAUGUUGUUACCUUAGCCGUUAUAAUACACUUUUUUGCGUCCUCAAGUGUUACAAUGUAAUAAAUACAUGAUCCUUUCAUUUCGAUGGGAAGAAAGUGUUUCAAAUUCAUAUCACGUUGUUUUUCA